AAUUCACAAUCUGCUGACAAGUCACACGUUUAUAAACCGAAGGCAAUUAAAUGAUCAAUUAACAUUUACUCCCGGUAGUAGUACCACCACCACACCUCGUCCAUAAUAACACUCGAUCACUGUAAUCUGUGAAUGGGAAUUGGUGUGACCGUGCAGGUGCAGCUGAAAUUGUUAAUUUAUAAAAGUCUUGUUCUCAUUUGGAAACGGCGAUGAUGGAAUCGUUACCAUCUAUGCACGACUGGGUCGUCUAAACAUGGUCAUCCCCACCAAGAGAAGUAUCAGCAGUGGAUUAUCUUGCACUGGCGAAAUGUUUAUGAUCCGCGCAUUGGAAAAGAUUCUUAGCGAUCGUGAAAUUAAAAAGUCACACCAUGCUCAGCUUAAAAGGGCAUGUGAGGUGGCAUUGGAAGAGAUCAAGGGGGCUCUCGUACAUCAACAACAAUCGGAUGGGUCCACAACUUUAACUACCCCGACUGCUGUCAAUGUAGCCAAGGGGGAGGCGGGAGGAGAUGUAGGAGGGGGAUCCUCUACAGCCCUUCCUCUUCCCAGGUCGGAUAAUAAUUCCCUUCCCAUUGAUUCGGAAAAGUACUUUCUUCCCUUUGAACUCGCCUGCCAAAGUAAAACGCCAAGGAUAGUGGUCACUGCUUUGGACUGUCUUCAGAAAUUGAUUGCAUAUGGUCAUCUUACUGGAAACUGCUCCGAUUCGACAAAUCCCUCAAAAAAACUGAUUGAUAGAAUCGUGGAAACGAUUUGUGGUUGUUUUGUGGGUCCCAAUACGGAUGAAGGAGUUCAACUUCAAAUCAUUAAAGCCUUACUCACCGUCAUGACUUCGCAACAUGUCGAAAUUCAUGAGGGAACCGUAUUGCUCACUGUGCGAACCUGCUACAAUAUUUAUUUAGCCAGUAAGAAUUUGAUCAAUCAAACCACUGCGAGAGCAACUCUAACGCAAAUGCUCAAUGUGGUUUUUGCCCGAAUGGAGAGUCAGGAUUCCCUGAGUCGUUUGUCGCAGAGUCAAAAUAGUGUUGCGUCACAAGAAGGGGAGGGAUCAAGCAAAGAAGGUGGGGACAAUACUAAUCACCAAGAGGAACAACUUACAAAUGGCAGCAGGACACCGGUGGUCGUACCUCAUACAGAGGAAGUGAAAGUUAAAGUUUCUUCCAUUUCAUCAUCACCUGUAGAACAGGAAGAAGGCGAGGAAAAAAAAGAAGCAUUUCAAAAGAAGCAUGAUGACAAAGGAGAUGAUUUAGAAAUCACCAACGAAUUCAACAACAACAAUGCCGUUGUUGACACCAAUGAUGAUGCACGACCAAUGGAGUCUGGUAAAGCGUGCGGGGGUGAUAAAGAGGGACAGCAGAGGGUGGUGAAAGAACUCGAAGUGGCAGCACAAAAUGGGAUUGAAUCUUCGUCAGAAGACAGUGAAGAAACCGUUGUUGGGAUGGGAGCAGGAGCGGAGGAGGAGGAGAAAACGAUUGGCGUUGCUGAUGAAGUUACGCCAACGACAGUCGAAUCUCCAAUUUUACCUGAUCAACAACAAGAAGAGAAACUUGAAGAUAAGCAAGUUGAUAUCGUUUCACCGUCGUUUGAAAAAUCUCCUCAACAAAUUGCCCAGAAUUUGUUGAGUAACAUCCUCGAAGAAAAUGUUAAAUCCGACCAGCGGUUCGAUCAUCCUCCACAAUCUCCUUCGCCGUCUUCACAGUCAGAAGAACUGGUUGUUAACAGUAAUCAUGUGCUAUCCAGCCCAACCACUCCCACCAUCACCAGAGUGCCUUCUCAGUAUUUUCGGAUGAUGAUGGAUGUAAAGGAAAGCAUGGAAAAUUCAGGAGACAAUGAUGCGAAUGCCAACUUUGUCCAUAUUCUACAAAAAGACGCGUUUUUAGUGUUCCGAGCACUAUGCAAAUUGUCUAUGAAACCACUCCCUGAUGGGAUCCCAGACCCAAAAUCCCAUGAAUUACGAUCUAAAGUCUUGUCACUGCAACUUCUAUUGUCCAUUGUUCAAAAUGCGGGGGACGUUUUCAAAUCGAAUCCCGUCUUUAUCACAGCUAUUCGCCAAUACUUGUGUGUGGCUUUGUCCAAAAAUGGAGUUUCCUCCGUUCCUGAAGUCUUUCAGCUCACACUCGCCAUAUUUUUGGCCCUUUUAGCUAAUUUUAAGAUUCAUUUAAAGAUGCAAAUUGAAGUAUUUUUUAAAGAAAUUCUAUUGCCUCUGGUCGAAUCUGCUGGGUCUUCUUUUGAACACAAAUGGCUGGCGGUGCAAGCACUCACUAGAAUAUGUGGGGACGCUCAGUGUAUUGUGGACCUUUACGUUAACUAUGAUUGUGAUCUCUCUGCCGCAAACAUUUUUGAAAGACUUGUCAACGAUUUGAGUAAAAUUGCACAAGGUCGACAAGCAGUCGACCUUGUUGGAAGCAAUGGUUUUCAGGAAAAAGCGAUGCGCGUGAAAGGAAUUGAAGGUCUCGUCGGCAUUUUACAAUGCAUGGUUGAAUGGUCUCAAUCUCUGUAUGUUAGUUCUGGCAGUCAAUCGAAUCUGGAUGGAGGUCAUGAUAAAAUGCACGAAGAGGAGGUGGAAAACCUACGUAAGGUGGAGUCAGAGUACAAUCCUGAACAAUUUGAAGCUAUGAAGCAGCAAAAAGACAUUUGGGAGCAUGGGACAUACUUAUUCAACCGGAAGCCAAAGCGAGGUUUGAUUUUCCUUCAAGAGAGUAAACUAUUGGGCGAAACGGCAGAAGAAGUUGCAUAUUUUUUCCACACUGAUGAACGCCUCGACAAAACCGUGGUUGGAGAAUUUCUAGGAGAUCCGGAUAAGUUUCAUAAACAAGUGAUGUACGCCUACGUGGACCAGAUGGAUUUUAAAGAAAAGGAUUUCGUCACAGGGCUACGCCUGUUUCUUGAAGGGUUCCGGCUUCCUGGGGAAGCGCAGAAGAUCGACAGAUUAAUGGAAAAAUUUGCAAGCAGAUAUUGCGAAUGCAAUCCUAAUUUGGGCGUUUUUGCCAGUGCAGACACAGCAUAUGUUCUCGCUUACUCCAUCAUCAUGCUCACUACAGAUUUGCACAGCCCACAAGUGAAGCAUAAAAUGACAAAGGAGCAGUACGUCAAAAUGAAUCGAGGAAUUAACGACAGUCGGGAUCUCCCUGAAGAAUAUCUUUCACAAAUUUACGAUGAAAUUGCUGGGAAUGAGAUAAAGAUGAAAGGGUCGGCAAAAUUGGGAAAGUCAUCAAAUAACCUUCCGAAUGAUAAAAAACGUCGAUUAUUGUACAACAUGGAAAUGGAAGAGCUUGCUGCUACCGCCAAGAGUUUGAUGGAGUCUGUCAGCCAUGUUCAGUCAAGUUUUACUUCUGCAAAACAUUUAGAACAUGUAAAACCCAUGUUUAAAUUGGCGUGGACUCCAUUUCUAGCUGCAUUUAGCGUCGGACUUCAGGAUUGCGAUGAUCCAGAAAUUUCUCAUCCGUGUUUGGAUGGGAUGCGGUGUGCCAUUCAUAUCGCCUGCAUUUUCCAUAUGAGACUCGAGCGAGACGCCUACAUUCAAGCCCUUGCAAGGUUCACCCUUCUCACUGCGAGCAACUCGCAAAUUGUCGAAAUGAAAACGAAAAAUAUCAAUACAAUUAAGACACUUAUUACAGUUGCUCAAACAGAAGGGAAUUAUCUGAUGAGUGCAUGGUUGGACAUUUUAAAGUGUAUUUCACAACUUGAGUUGGCCCAACUUGCAGGUGCAGGUCAUCGUUCAGUUAAAGACGCUGCGUCGAAAUCUGCCCUCACCUGGGCUGCUCUUGCUGGGACAGCCACCGUUGACACAUCCCAUGAUCCAAUGUCGCUUAAUUUGAACUCGUUAGAUCCAAGUGUCAAAGAAUCUAUUGGUGAAACGAGCUCUCAAAGUGUGGUGGUUGCAGUGGACAGAAUAUUCACUGGAUCUACCCGACUGGAUGGGGAUGCUAUCGUGGACUUUGUCAAGGCCUUGUGUCACGUAUCUUCUGAUGAACUGGCUCAUCCCACUCACCCUCGAAUGUUUAGCUUGCAAAAGCUGGUUGAAAUCUCAUACUACAACAUGGGUCGCAUUCGUCUCCAAUGGUCUCGAAUUUGGGAAGUAUUGGGCGAACAUUUUAACCGCGUGGGAUGUUCCGCCAAUGAAGAAGUUUCCUUUUUUGCUAUUGACUCUCUUCGACAACUUUCCAUGAAGUUUAUUGAAAAGGGAGAAUUUGCUAACUUCCGUUUUCAGAAAGACUUUUUACGACCCUUUGAAGUUAUCAUGAAGAAAAAUCAAUCUCCAGGAAUUCGUGACAUGGUUGUUCGGUGCAUUACACAAAUGGUGAACUCGCAGUCUGGGAAGAUUCGUUCCGGAUGGAAAAAUAUAUUUAGCGUGUUCCAUCUCGCAGCGUCUGAUUUCGAUUCAAAUAUUGUUGAAAUGGCUUUUCAAACUACCAACAAAAUUAUUGGAGAUUUAUAUGAAAAAAGUCAAGUCGUCCUUGUGGAUUCGUUCCAAGACGCCGUAAAGUGCUUGUCAGAGUUUGCGUGCAAUGCCAACUUCCCCGACAUUAGUAUGGAAGCAAUUCGACUCAUACGACAUUGUGCCAAAUAUGUUCAUGAAAAGCCACACUUGCUCAUCGAACAUAGUAUGGAUGAAAUUACGGUAGCAGAGGAGGACCGCAUCUGGGUGAGAGGCUGGUUUCCAAUUUUAUUCGAACUGUCUUGUAUCGUGAAUCGAUGUAAGUUGGAUGUUCGAACGAGAGCUUUGACGGUAAUGUUUGAAAUCAUCAAAACGUACGGAGAGUCAUUCCAACGACAUUGGUGGAAGGAUCUGUUUCAAAUUCUAUUUAGAAUUUUUGACAAUAUGAAACUUCCCGAGCAGCAUCAUGAGAAAGCCGAAUGGAUGACGACUACGUGUAACCAUGCCCUGUUUGCAAUUGUUGAUGUGUUCACCCAAUAUUAUGAAAUUCUUGGACCCCUCCUCAUGGACGAUAUUUUUGUACAGUUGCAAUGGUGCAUUACCCAAGAUCAUGAACAACUCGCUCGCUCAGGGACGCAUUGUUUUGAACACAUGGUGAUUUCUAGUGGAUCAAAGUUUACCCCUGCCGCUUGGAAUUCAACAUGUAACUUUUUGAAAACUAUUUUCGCCUUUACUCGUCCAGAAUCCCUCCUUACCUGGAAACCGUCCAAGACUUCUAACUCUUCUUCCACCCCUGACCAAGUGGUUUCAAAUCAUGUAAAUGAGAAGAAGCCUGAAGAGUUGAGAAGACAAUCAAGUCUGGACGGGUUGAUAGGACCUGGUCGUAAUUCAUCGCCAAUUAAAACUAAUGAUGAGAAGAUAUUUUCUACCCUAAUCAUCAAAUGUUCCGUUCAAUUGGAAUUGAUUCAAACUGUGGACAAUGUAAUAUUUUUUCCGGCUACGUCAAAACGUGAAGAUGCGGAAAAUUUGGCGUUAGCCCAAGCAGAUGUGUCUGAAAAGUUGAUGGGAUGUGAGCAACAACGAGAGGAACAAGGGAUGUACCAAUUCUUAACGUCAGAAAACCUAUUUGCCAUUCUCGACUCGCUAACAGAAUCCCAUAAGUUUUCAACAAAGUUCAAUUUGGACAAUGACCAAAGGAACAUGUUGUGGAAAGCUGGAUUCAAGGGCCAGGCUAAACCAAAUCUUAUUGCGCAAGAAACUCAAAGUUUGGCGACAUCACUCCGUAUACUGUUUAGAAUGUAUUUAGAUGACGCGCGAUUACAAGGUUUUGAAGAGAUUGAGACCAGAUUGAUAACGACUUGUAAAGGAGCUUUGGAAUAUUUUGUCUCCCUUCCGUCCAAUGCACACCGUGACACUUGGACGAAUCUCCUCUUACUUUGCCUCACCAAAGUGUUGAAACUUCCGGAAGAUAGGUUCAAAACCCACACGGCCCACUAUUACCCAUACCUUUGUGACAUGAUAUGUAUCGAAUUGAAGGCAGAGUUGAAGGCCGUAUUAAGAAAAUACUUUCUCCGUCUUGGACCUGCUUUUGGGAUUUGUCAACCCUUAUUGUCCCCACCGGCCCAGUCGAGUAGUGGAAGUAGCCAAGGAGUGAACUGACCUUCAGCAGAGAAUUAUCAUCCCCCAUUGCGGAGAACAAUUGACCUUCUCACUUCCCUUUGACGAGGAGGAUAAUAAUCGAAUCGAAACGAUGCUUUAAUGUUAAUAACUUCUGUGUAUCUGGUGCAAACGACCAUAGGUUAGUAAUUAAUUAAGCAAUUAACUCUAUUGUAGGAUAUGUGUAUACAUUUAUGCGCAGGCUAGUAUAAUUAGUGAAUAGUUUGAAUUUUUAAUCACUAUCGGAAGUGUUGCCUUAUAAUUUUAUCAUAUUGUAAUCCACCAAAUGAAAGUUUUAACAAUUGCGUGAUGCGUUUUCCACAUAUUACAUUCCGAAAUGUGCAUUUAAUAUUAAAAAAUUUAAAAGCAAAUAUGCAUAUAUAUUUCAUGAAACUGUAUUAGUACGUAUAGUCCAAACUACAUAAUAUUUAAAUAGUGCUAGGUGUUUACGUGUUGUAGUAGAGUUGAUGUUGACAUCAAUUGAUUGCUAAUACAAAAAUAAACAUGGUGCUGUUGACAAUGAUA